AUGCCUGUCAUACCAGUACAGUAUGAAAGUUUGAAGGCGAUUCUGCCAUAUAUGGACCCAAAUACACGAUUCCAAAUCUCUCUGCGCAUACCUUCUAUCAGCUCUCUCGAGAAACGAUUACCAUUGAAAAUCGUGAAUUUAAAGUUUUCAAAAACAGGAAUCGAAGUAAAUGGAACUCGCUACCGGCUAGGUGUAUACCGCGAAUUGAAAGAUAAGAACGUGCCCUCUGGGGUUCAAAUGUCAAUGCUACCGAUGUCACAUGAUAUCGAUGAACAUGGAUUCGCUAUUUCUCCGGGAAUCAACACAGUUCUUCCAGGAGAUGUAGAUUUGAGAAAAGGAAUCCUGGCGAAUUCACAAAACGAUACAAAUAGAAAAGAACAUCUUCUAGUUCAGAAGUUGGAAACUCUCAAGAAGAUUUUCGCCGAUCGCUUGAAUCAGGAGUACAAUCGGUAUCUAGCUCUAAGAACUCGAUAUCGUUGGAAGGACUCUUCUGUGAGUCUGAUUCAAAAUCAGAUAGACGUUUUACAAACCGCGUUGGAACCUUUCAAGCAUCGUCGCGACAACACAAAACCACCGUACACCAACUCGAUUCAAUUGACUUUGACUUCACAGAGAAGAGGUCUGAUUCAACGGAUUCCUUACAAUAAGAAUCUGUUCGAGGCAAUGAAAAUACUAAGCGCUACACUGUUUGGCAAGCGACGUUCGAUAAUAUCAGUGAAGAAUGUGACCAUUGAUUUUCACAAUUACAUUCUUCGUUUUCCUGUGGAAACCAAGCUGAGAAUUCAAGCAUUGGAUAUACUCAGUUGGAAUGCAUCGAAUUUUCAAGAAUUCAGUCAGAUUAUUGAUAAAUCUUCGUUCCCUCUUCAACAAUUAACGAUGAAAUGUGGUGCUCGUGGCUCAAGAUUUGAGCAUGCAAUUGUUAAAGAAGCAAAGAGUCUUAUCAUUAACAUUAACAAAAUCUCAAGACGCCCAUGGAUUCCAAUUCUUCGCAAUUUGACCAAUCGACAUUUGUAUUUGGAAACACAGAGUAGACAAGAAUCUCAUGAAGACUACGUGAACUUCAUCAGCAGUUGGUUGGAGAACGGCAAACGCCCCGUUGGAACUUCUUGGAGUGGUAUCAAGAAGGAAGAAACUGUCAAGCGGGUUUUGAUCAAUUUGAAAAUGAGGCCAGAGGUUGUUGCAGUAUCAGAUAACUAUGUUCAACUACGUGUCAACGCUUCAUCGAGUCUUCAAGUUUUUUAUUUACCUUUAAAAACAUCGGACUUCUACUCAAAAUGGUUGUUGACCUGGAGAGUUGUUCGGUCGCAGUUGGAGUAA